AUGGAGAGGUGGCACUCCCACAGUUCUAGUGAUAAGAAGGACGAUGAGAGUGGAGGAGAGGUGGCUCUGCCUGUCUCCAUGAACGACCGGAAGUCCAAGAUCAUCCCCAUUCCUGGGCCAACAGAUGGAGACGUUCAGGUAUUGCAAGAGUUAAGACUCCUGAUUUCCACUACUGGUUGCAUGUCAAGGAUUUCCCAAAAGCUCAUCGAGGAGCCUAUUCGAGAACUGACAAUGGAAGAACAUCUGAUUGAGAGAAAGAAGAAACUACUGGAGAAGAAGAUGCAUAUUGCAACCUUGGCAUCUGCCAUAUUAUCAGAUCAGAAAAUUAAAAAACUAAAAGAAUUACGUUCCAUGCUGAUGAACAGGAUCCUGAUGUGGGCUGUUACUGUUCGGAAGCUUGUGAUAGUUUCUCUGAUGGAGCUAUUUAAGGACAUUACUCCUUCAUAUAAAAUCCGGCCCUAACAGAAGCAGAAAAUCUACCAAGCUCCGCAAAGAAACCAGAAGUUACGAGAAUUUGAAGAAGGCCUGGUUAGCCAGUACAAAUUUUAUUUGGAAAAUCUGGAGCAAAUGGUUAAAGACUGGAAGCAGAGAAAGCUGAAGAAAGUAUGUAGUUCCUUAAAGGCAUAUAAGGGACUGGCUGAAGUGGCUGUGAAGCUGUGUGAGCUAUUGGUGGCACUACCUCAUUUUAACUUUCACAACAACAUCAUUGUCUUGAUUGUCCCUCUCAUGAAUGACAUGUCAAAAUCGAUAUCUGAAAUGUGUUGUGAGGCAGUAAAGAAACUCUUUAAACAAGAUAAAUUAGGACAAGCUUCUCUUGGUGUAAUAAAAGUGAUUUCUGGCUUUGUGAAGGGCAGAAAUUAUGAAGUUAGACCAGAGAUGUUAAAAACAUUUUUGUGCCUAAGAAUCAAAGAAGUUGAAGUGAAAAAAGAUACAGAGGAUAUUAAUAAACCAAAAAAAGUUCAUGACAUUCAAGGAAAAGAGAAAAACGUAUCAAGAAUGCAAAGAAAGUGGAAGAAAGCAGAGGAGAAACUAGAGCGAGAGCUGCGGGAGGCGGAAGCUUCAGAGAGUACUGAGAAAAAACUUAAACUGCACACAGAGACUUUGAAUAUUGUGUUUGUAACCUACUUCAGAAUACUGAAGAAAGCCCAGAGAUCACCUCUCCUGCCAGCAGUUCUAGAAGGUCUUGCCAAGUUUGCUCAUCUUAUAAAUGUGGAGUUUUUUGAUGAUUUAUUAGUAGUUCUUCAUACUCUGAUUGAGUCUGGUGACCUAAGCUAUGAAGAAAGCCUUCACUGUGUCCAGACUGCUUUUCAUAUUCUUUCCGGACAAGGUGAUGUUCUUAAUAUUGAUCCAAUGAAGUUCUAUACACACCUGUACAAAACACUGUUCAAGCUACAUGCAGGUGCUACCAAUGAAGGUGUUGAGAUUGCACUUCAGUGCCUUGAUGUCAUGCUAACCAAGCGCAGAAAGCAAGUUUCUCAGCAACGAGCCCUUGCCUUCAUCAAGCGCCUUUGUACACUUGCUCUUCAAGUUCUUCCAAAUUCAAGUAUUGGCAUUUUAGCAACUACCAGAAUAUUAAUGCAUACUUUCCCAAAAACAGACCUGUUGCUUGACAAUGAAUCUCAGGGAAGUGGUGUUUUCCUCCCUGAGCUGGAUGAACCCGAGUACUGUAAUGCGCAGAACACUGCUUUGUGGGAAUUGCACAUGCUGCGGAGACAUUAUCAUCCCAUAGUGCAGAGAUUUGCAGCUCACCUGAUCGCUGGAGCACCUUCUGAAGGCUCUGAAGCACUCAAACCAGAGUUGAGCCGGCGAUCUGCAGUUGAACUUUUUGAGAUUUACAGCAUGGCAGCAAUGACAUUCAGUCCUCCUGUUGAAUCUUCAAACUCCAAAAAGAAGGAUAAAAUUUUACAAGGGGACUCAUUUUUGAAUGAAGAUUUAAACCAGCUAAUCAAAAGACAUUGCAAUGAAGUUGCUACUCACUCACCCCUAGAUUUCACCAAAUAUUUGAAAACUUCACUACGGUAGUGCAGAAAUGAUGAAGAAUCAGUGGACUUUCAUUUUGUGUGUGUGUGUGUGUGUAGGUUCACAUACCGAUGUUAAAUUAGGACUUUUUCUUAUUAUACAAGGAAAACUUCUUACAAAGGAUUAGUCCUUUGCGUGGCAUAGGACUGUGCCCCAAUUUUGAAAAUGUCAUUUCGUUAAGAAAAGUGAAUUGGAAGUCUUUGUCUUCCUAGUUAUUUGGAUGUUUCUUUUUAAUGAUGGUGCCUUUUUAAAAAAAUUUAAUAUACAUAUUAAGUUACAAUUUAAAAAAAAAGUCU